GGUGCGUUUGGGUACGUGCACAGCGCGGCGGACACGUGGGGCGUUGCGUUGGCCGUUCGUCUGCCGUUCAUUCGAAGUUUGCGGAAAAACAUGGCGGGUCUGGAGCUGCUGUCGGACCAGGGAUACCGUCUGGAUGGACGCAAAGCCGCCGAGCUGCGCAAAGUCCAGGCCCGCAUGGGAGUGUUCGCGCAGGCGGACGGUUCUGCGUACCUCGAGCAGGGCAACACGAAGGCGCUGGCCGUGGUGUACGGUCCACACGAAAUAAGAGGUUCGCGCAGUCGUGCUCUUCACGAUCGGGCUGUUAUCAACUGUCAGUACAGCAUGGCCACGUUCAGCACAGCGGAGAGGAAGAGGAGACCCCACGGGGACCGCAAGUCCACCGAGAUGAGCCUCCACCUCAAGCAGACGUUCGAAGCCGCCGUGAUGACCCAGCUCUACCCGCGGUCUCAGAUAGACAUCUACGUAAAGAUCCUGCAGUCAGAUGGAGGGAACUACAGCGUGUGUGUGAAUGCCGCCACUCUGGCGGUGAUUGACGCCGGCAUCCCCAUGCGGGACUACGUGUGCGCGUGCACCGUGGGAUUUGUGGACGAGACACCCCUCGCCGACCUUUGCUACGCAGAGGAAAGUGGAGGGGUGAGCUCUUUGGCCCUGGCGCUGCUUCCCCGAGGUGGACAGAUCGCUCUGCUGCAGAUGGACGCCAGGCUACAUCAGGAUCACCUGGAGGCACUGAUCGAAGCGGCCAUGACAGCAUGUAAAGGUGUGAGCAAGGUGCUGGAUGAGGUGGUGCGACAGCAUCUCCAAGAAGUGUCGAGUCUUACUGGAGAGUGAUGCGGGGGAGGAGGGUGGAUAUCUGGACUGUGUUUUUGGGUGCAGCCUGGAAAUUGUAAUAGACUUUGGAUGGAAAACGUUUUUUUUAUGCAUUCAUAGCCGUUACAAUGUACUUUUGUAUAUAUGUGGUCAAAAAAACAAUAAAUGUGUGCAUCCUUA